AUGGCCAGUGAAGAUGUGACAGAACUCGGGCUCCAGAAGAGAGGAUGCUGUCUGGUGCUGGGGUACAUGUCCAAGGAAAAGUUCCGGAGGAUGAAUGAAGGUCAAGUGUACUCCUUCAGCCAGCAACCCCAGGACCAAGUGGUGGUGUCGGGACAGCCAGUGACGCUACUCUGUGCCAUCCCAGAGUAUGAUGGCUUUGUUCUCUGGAUCAAAGACGGCCUGGCCCUGGGGGUAGGCCGGGAUCUCUCACGUUACCCACAGUACCUAGUGGUAGGAAACCACUUGUCUGGGGAGCAUCACCUGAAAAUUCUUCGGGCAGAGCUGCAAGAUGAUGCUGUGUAUGAAUGCCAGGCCAUCCAAGCGGCCAUCCGGUCACGCCCAGCCCGCAUCACCGUUCUUGUGCCUCCUGACGAUCCAGUCAUCCUGGGAGGACCAGUGAUCAGUCUUCGUGCGGGAGACCCCCUCAACCUCACGUGCCAUGCUGACAAUGCCAAACCAGCUGCCUCUAUUAUCUGGAUGAGGAAAGGAGAGGUCAUGAAUGGGGCCACCUAUUCCAAGACCUUACUUCGGGACGGAAAACGGGAAAGCAUUGUGAGUACACUUUUUGUCUCACCUGCUGAUGUAGAAAACGGACAACACAUUGUGUGCCGAGCCACCAACAAAGCCAUCCCUGGGGGAAAGGAGACCUCUGUCACCAUUGACAUCCAGCAUCCACCCCUCGUCAAUCUGUCUGUGGAGCCACAGCCAGUGCUAGAUGGUAAUACUGUCAAAUUCCACUGCUCUGCAAAGGCUAACCCAGCAGUCACACAGUACAGGUGGGCCAAGAAGGGCCAAGUGAUCAAGGACGAAUCUGGGGAUUCCUACGAGACCACUGUGGACCACACAUACUUCUUCGAGCCCGUCUCCUGUGAGGUCACCAACGCAUUGGGCAGCACCAACAUCAGUCGCACAGUGGAUGUCUACUUUGGCCCUCGAAUGACCUCUGAGCCUCAGUCGCUGCUGGUGGACCUGGGCUCUGAUGCUGUCUUCAACUGUGCCUGGACAGGAAACCCAUCACUGACCAUCGUGUGGAUGAAGCGUGGCUCGGGGGUGGUCUUGAGCAACGAGAAUACUCUGACUCUGAAAACCGUCCGACAAGAAGAUGCUGGCAAAUACGUGUGCCGAGCUGUUGUUCCCCGAGUAGGGGCCGGGGAGAGAGAGGUUUCGCUGACCGUCAAUGGACCCCCCAUCAUCUCUAGCACCCAGACUCAGCAUGCCUUGCAUGGCGAGAAAGGGCAGAUCAAGUGUUUUAUCCGGAGCACCCCUCCACCAGACCGAAUUGCCUGGUCCUGGAAGGAGAACGUCCUAGAGUCGGGGACCUCAGGCCGCUACACGGUGGAGACCGUCAGCACUGAAGAAGGGGUCAUCUCCACACUGACCAUCAGCAACAUCGUUCGGGCCGACUUCCAGACCAUCUAUAAUUGCACGGCCUGGAAUAGCUUUGGCUCCGACACGGAGAUAAUACGACUCAAGGAGCAAGGUACGGAAAUGAAGUCGGGAGCUGGGCUGGAAGCAGAGUCCGUGCCAAUGUCUGUCAUCAUUGGGGUAGCAGUGGGAGCUGGUGUGGCCUUCCUUGUUCUCAUGGCAACCAUUGUGGCCUUCUGCUGUGCCCGUUCCCAGAGAAAUCUGAAAGGGGUUGUGUCGGCAAAGAAUGACAUCCGAGUGGAGAUCGUCCACAAGGAGCCUGCUGCAGGGAGAGAUGCUGAGGAGCAUCCCACCAUCAAGCAACUGAUGAUGGAUAGAGGGGAAUUCCAGCAGGACUCAGUUCUGAAGCAGCUGGAGGUCCUCAAGGAGGAGGAGAAGGAAUUUCAGAACCUAAAGGACCCCACCAAUGGCUACUACAGUGUCAACACCUUCAAGGAGCACCACUCCACUCCCACCAUCUCGCUGUCCAGCUGCCAGCCCGACCUUCGCCCUGCCGGAAAACAACGCGUCCCCACAGGCAUGUCCUUCACCAACAUCUACAGCACGCUGAGUGGCCAGAGUCGCCUCUACGACUAUGGGCAGAGGUUUGUGCUGGGCAUGGGCAGCUCCUCCAUCGAAUUGUGCGAGCGCGAGUUCCAGAGAGGCUCGCUCAGCGACAGCAGCUCCUUCCUGGACACGCAGUGUGACAGCAGCGUCAGCAGCAGCGGCAAGCAGGAUGGUUAUGUGCAGUUUGACAAGGCCAGCAAGGCCUCUGCCUCUUCUUCCCACCACUCUCAGUCCUCCUCCCAGAACUCGGACCCCAGCCGGCCCCUGCAGCGGAGGAUGCAGACUCACGUCUGA